GAGCCCGAGGAGGGCGGCGCCGCCGAGCACGCGCCGGCGCCGCCGGAGGGCCCGCCGCCCCUGCAGACGCAGGUGGAGGCCUGCUUCAGCGACGAGCACCUGAGGUGCGACCGCCAUUUGCAGGAGCUCAUAUCGGACAGCCCGGGCGGCUGGGUCGAUCUCGAGGCGGUGCUGGCGCUGCGCCAGCUGCGGGGGCUGCGCGCGCGGCCGGCCGACGUGCUGCGGGCGCUGGCGGGCUCCUGGCUGCAGGUCUGGCGCGACCCCGACGGCACCUCCGCCGCGCUGCGGCGCCCGCCGGAGCGGGGGCCGCUGCCGGCCUUGGAGGCGCCGGCGCCGGCGGCGGCCAGGCGGCGGCAACGGCCGGCCGUCGAG